AUGUCUUCAGUCGAGUCCAACCGCGCAGCCUGGCUUGUGGGCGAGGGCGUUAACCCCCUCGAGGUCCGACCGGGACCUGACCAGACCAAGCCAGAGGCAGGCGAAGUUAUUAUCAAAGUAGCAGCAGUUGCCAUCAACCCAUCCGAGCCGAUUGUGCAAGACAAGCCUGUGAUACCUCUGGCCUACCCACACGUUCUGGGCAGCGACAUUGCCGGCACCGUCGCCAAGGUCGGCUCAGGCGUCACCCGCUUCCAGGUUGGCGAUCGCGUCAUUGGGCACUGUCUGGGUCUCGUGCACGGCGGCGCCCGGCAUGGAGGUUUCCAGGAGUACACCGCCUGUCUCGAGGCCGGCGUGGCAAAGAUCCCCGACAGCCUGUCGUUUGAGCAAGCCGCUGUGCUGCCCCUCAGCAUCUCGACGAGCUCCGUUGCGCUGUACGAGCACCUGAAGCUGCGCGAGCCCGCCGUUGAGCUCGGCGGACAGAAAACGGGCAAUGAAGCCGUGCUCAUCUGGGGCGGCGCCACGUCGAUUGGGUGCUCGGCCAUCCAGCUCGCCGUUGCCUCGGGCUACAAGGUCGUGACCACGGCCAGCACCAAGAACCACGGCUUUGUGCGGUCACUAGUCGCAACCGGCGCCGAGGACGUGACCGUCUUUGACUAUGCCGACGCCGAUAUCACGACCAGGAUUAUUUCCCACUUCAAGGACGCCGGACUGGCGUUUGCCGGCGCGUACGACUGCAUCAGCAAACCAGAUACGGUGCGCGUGUGCGCCGACGUGGCGGCCACAUUUGGCUCCAAGCUCGUAUCUGUCGUCUUGUUUGGCGUCGAGAGCCCCCGUCCAGAUGUCGAGGUGCCCACCGUGUGGUCCACCAAUGCCGUGCUGACCCCCGAGGGCAGCGGGCGCGUCUGGGAAAAGUUCGUGCCCGGGGCGCUGAUCAGCGGGACGCUCAAGGCCAAGCCGGAGCCGCAGGUUGUGGGUAAAGGUCUGGGGCAGAUUCAGGAUGCGAUGAAUACGUAUAAAAAGGGCGUCAGUGCGACGAAGAUUGUUGUCACUUUGUGA